UACCAACCUCCAUAAUCGUAGUUAGCUAUCGCGAAAGCUCUCCUUUGAGCCUCAUCACCUUUGUUUGCCGAGCCACGUGGACAGAGCCUUUUGAUCCCGAUCCCAAUCACCACACUCACUCACUCUCUCUCAAUCCGCAAUGUCGUCAGCAGACAUUGACCCCGCCAACUCCACCGAGGGCCUCGUGCUGGAAGGCGACCCCGCGCCCGAGCUCGUCGAGGGCCGCAUCUGGGUCGACGGCUGCUUCGACUUUUUCCACCACGGCCAUGCUGGUGCCAUUGUUCAGGCCCGCCAGCUGGGCACCGAGCUCUAUGCCGGCGUCCACUCCGACGAGGAGAUCCUCGCCAACAAGGGCCCUACCGUCAUGACGCUUGAAGAACGCCUCGCCGCAACCAACGCCUGCAGAUGGGUCACCCGGUCCGUCGGGUCGGCGCCCUACGUCACCUACCUGCCGUACAUCUCGCACUACGGCUGCAAAUACGUCGUCCACGGCGACGACAUCACGUCCGACAGCGACGGCAACGACUGCUACCGCUUCGUCAAGGAGGCCGGCCGCUUCAAGGUCGUCAAGCGCUCGCCCGGCAUCUCCACCACCGACCUCGUCGGCCGCAUGCUGCUGUGCACCCGCACGCACUUCAUCAAGUCGCUCGAGCGGAAGCUCGCCGGCGCUGAGGGCGACGGCACCGAUGACGAGCGCAGCGUCCAGGCCGCCGCCAUGAUGGAGCGCAUGCGCCUCUACGCCACCGACGCCUCCGGCCUAGCCCCCGGCGCCGACGUCUGGUUCUGGUCCGCCUCGGGCCCGGCCAAGGCUGCCGACACGGAGGAGGAGAAGGGUUCCUUCCGUCAGCUGAUCGAGGGUCCCGGCCCCAAGCCCGGCCAGCGUGUCGUGUAUGUCGAUGGUGGCUUCGAUCUCUUCUCCAGCGGCCAUAUUGAGUUUCUGCGUCGUGUCGUCAUCGAGGAGGAGGAGCUGGCGCGCGCCGAUGGCUGGUACUCGGAGCAGAACGUCAACGAGCGCAAGGGCAAGGGUGAGGACUAUCCCCCAGCGUAUGUCGUCGUCGGCGUCCACGAGGACUAUGUCAUCAACCAGUGGAAGGGCGUCAACUACCCCAUCAUGAACACCUUCGAGCGUGGUCUCUGCGUCCUCCAGUGCAAGUACAUCAACGCCGUCGUCUUCGGCGCCCCCUUCACGCCCACCAAGACAUACCUCACGUCGCUCCCGCGGGGCACUCCCGACGCCGUCUACCACGGCCCGACGUCCUUCAUGCCGCUGACGUACGACCCGUACACAGCGCCCAAGGCCAUGGGCAUCUACCGGGAAAUCGGCGAGCACGCCUUCUCGGAAGUCAACGCCGGCGAGAUCGUGCAGCGCAUCAUGAAGAGCCGCGACAUGUACGAGGCGCGCCAGCGGGCCAAGGGCAUGAAGGCCGAGGUCGAGAGCGCCGCGCGCGAGCGCGAGUUGAUGGAGGAGGAGCAGCGCAAGCGGGAAGCUGAUCGGUCGUGAAGAGCCGGGCUUACGGCGCGUGUGUUGGCGGCGGUGGUAAUGUGGCGUGGCAUCAUCCUUACGUAUCUGCCGGGCUGGGAUGAGUAGUUAAGAGGUCUUCAACAGGCCGCCCGGCUCAAGACGGAUAUACAGAUAGACAAAAGCAACAGCAACAGCAACGAAUGACGCAAUCUUUGUUCGAACAAGACGAUUUUGGCUGGUCACGAUGUGAGAAGUCAGGUGUCAGCACUGGGGAGCCAAUUCUAGUUAACUUGAGGAACGUGCUUGACGAACUAAGACCCUAACUCGGGUCAUUCAUAAGAAAUUAGACCUUCCUA